AAGUCCUGAAUCAAGUAAGAAAAAACAUCAACCGUUGCUGCUAAUGUUGAUCUGAGUGAUGACGAUAAUGUUUAAAAUCGCAAAAGCUACGUUACGAAGCAGAAACUCAAGCGUCGCUUCGCUCUUCUACUCUAUCCAAGCUCGCUCUAUCUCCAGGCAAAGUAAAGUGGUUAAGAUUGAGAGAAUAGUUGAGAAAGAAGACAUGCAUGUAACUCGUGUUCUAUUCUGCGGUCCUCACUUCCCUGAUUCCUACAAUUUCACCAGAGAAUACUUGCAACCUUACCCUUUUAUUAAGGUUGAUGUUGUCCAUUACCGCGAUGUCCCUGAGGUUAUUAAGAACUAUCAUAUAUGUGUGGCAAUGACUAUGCAAAUGGAUUCAAAUGUUAUAUCUCGUGCAAGCAACAUAAAGCUUAUUAUGCAGUACGGUGUUGGUCUCGACGGUGUUGACAUUGAUGCUGCUACUAAACAUGGGAUUAAGGUCGCUAGAAUUCCUAGUGAGGGUACUGGAAAUGCUGCAUCUUGCUCUGAGAUGGCUAUAUAUCUAAUGCUGGGACUUCUUAAGAAACAGAACGAAAUGCAAAUAUCUCUGAGAAAUAGACUACUUGGAGAACCAACCGGUGACACGCUUCUUGGUAAAACUGUAUUUAUCUUAGGAUAUGGAAACAUCGGAAUAGAGCUGGCUAAACGGUUGAAGCCAUUUGGGUCGAGAGUAAUAGCCACGAAAAGAUUCUGGCCUGCUUCUAUCGUCGACUCAGACUCCAGGCUAGUUGAUGAGAAAGGUAGCCAUGAAGACAUUUACACAUUCGCUGGCAAAGCCGAUAUAGUCGUUGUUUGUUUGAGGCUCAACAAAGAAACGGCUGAAAUAGUGAAUAAGGAGUUCAUAUGCUCAAUGAAAAAGGGUGCUCUUCUUGUAAAUAUUGCCCGAGGUGGUCUUAUUAACUAUGAAUCAGCUUUCCAGAAUCUGGAGUCCGGUCAUCUAGGAGGCCUUGGGAUUGAUGUGGCGUGGUCUGAGCCGUUUGAUCCAAAUGAUCCUAUUUUGAAGUUCAAAAACGUUAUAAUAACCCCUCAUGUCGCUGGAGUUACCGAAUAUUCAUAUAGGUCCAUGGCCAAGAUUGUCGGAGACCUCGCGCUUCAGUUGCAUGAAGGACUUCCUCUCACCGGAAUCGAAUUCGUCAAUUAAGAGGUAACAUUUUCGUGUAUUAUCGUCACAAGAAUAAUAUCCUGUAACACACACCCACAGUAGUUAAUAUAAAUUAAUCCAAGUCUCUUUCUGAU